CUAGCUAACAGCGACCUUGUUGGUCCUAUAAGACAUGCUCCAAAGCCCCCCACACUUGCCUUGCCUCUGCACUCGUUUCUACUCAAACGAGUCACAAAGAUGAAGCUCCAAAAGCUAUCUCUCCUUACCCUCAUUCACAUCAGUUCACUACUGCUGCUCGUCUUAGCUGACUCCACUCAGCCUCCAUUCUCCUGCGACACAUCUGACCCACGAACCAAAUCGUACCCUUUCUGCAAAACUACACUUCCCAUCAACCAAAGAGUCCAAGACCUUAUCUCCAGGCUUACAUUAGACGAGAAGAUAUCCCAACUCGUUAACUCAGCUCCUCCCAUUCCAAGACUCGGCAUCCCUGGCUAUGAAUGGUGGUCCGAAGCUUUACAUGGUGUUGCCUUUUUGGCCAGCGUAAGCCAAGGUAUCCGUUUCAAUGGAACAAUUCAAUCUGCCACCAGUUUUCCUCAAGUUAUUCUCACUGCUGCUUCCUUUGAUGCUCAUCUUUGGUUCCGCAUUGUUUAUGACUACAUACAGGCAGUUGGAAUAGAAGCUAGGGGAAUAUACAAUGCUGGACAAGCAAGGGGCAUGACAUUUUGGGCACCAAAUAUUAAUAUAUAUAGAGAUCCAAGGUGGGGAAGAGGGCAAGAGACGCCUGGUGAGGAUCCAUUGGUUACAGGGAAGUAUGCAGUGUCAUUUGUGAGAGGGAUACAAGGGGACUCUUUUGAAGGAGGGAUGCUUGGUGAACAUCUUCAAGUUUCAGCUUGUUGCAAGCAUUUUACUGCAUAUGAUUUGGAUAACUGGAAAGGAGUGAACCGAUUUGUCUUCAACGCAAAGGUCUCUUUACAGGAUUUAGCAGAUACAUAUCAACCUCCAUUCCAGAGUUGCAUACAGCAAGGGAAAGCCAGUGGGAUAAUGUGUGCAUAUAAUCGUGUUAAUGGCGUCCCCAACUGUGCAGAUUACAAUCUCCUGUCAAAAACAGCCCGAGGGCAGUGGGGUUUCAAUGGGUACAUCACCUCUGACUGUGACGCUGUCUCCAUCAUGCAUGAGAAACAAGGAUAUGCUAAAAUACCAGAGGAUGCCGUAGCAGAUGUUCUUAAAGCUGGAAUGGAUGUCAACUGUGGUAACUAUUUAAAGAACUACACCAAAUCAGCUUUCAAAAAGAGAAAAUUGCCUAUAUCUGAAAUAGACAGAGCCCUUCACAACCUUUUCUCUGUUAGAAUGAGGCUGGGGCUUUUCAACGGCAAUCCCACUAAACAGCCCUUCGGCAACAUUGGUUCGGACCAAGUUUGUUCCCAAGAGCAUCAGAAUCUUGCCCUUGAGGCUGCUCGCAAUGGCAUUGUCCUUCUAAAAAACACUGACUCACUCCUUCCACUUUCAAAAACGAAAACUACUUCCCUUGCGGUAAUAGGCCCUAAUGCCAAUUCUGCAAAAACACUUGUUGGAAACUAUGCAGGCCCACCUUGCAAGUCUAUUACACCGCUGCAAGCAUUGCAAAGCUAUGCUAAGGACACCAGGUAUCACCCAGGUUGUAGUGCAGUUAAUUGUUCUUCUGCUUUGACUGAUCAAGCAGUGAAGAUAGCCAAAGGCGCAGACCAUGUGGUGUUAGUAAUGGGAUUGGAUCAAACCCAAGAGAGGGAAGAUCAUGAUCGUGUAGACUUGGUUCUUCCAGCAAAGCAACAGAACCUGAUAUCUAGCAUUGCAAGAGCUGCGAAGAAUCCUGUCAUUUUGGUGCUUCUUUCUGGCGGUCCAGUAGACAUAACCUUUGCUAAAUAUGAUCAACACAUCGGAAGCAUUCUAUGGGCUGGUUAUCCAGGUGAAGCUGGAGGACUUGCAUUAGCAGAAAUUAUAUUUGGUGAUCACAACCCAGGAGGGAGGUUGCCAGUUACUUGGUAUCCCCAAAGUUUUAUUAAAGUGCCAAUGACAGACAUGAGAAUGCGUCCUGAACCAUCUUCAGGCUAUCCUGGACGUACUUACAGAUUCUACCAAGGACCAAAGGUUUUUGAAUUUGGCUACGGUCUAAGCUACUCAAAAUAUUCUUAUGAAUUUCUCCCUGUAACACAAAACAAGGUUUAUUUAAAUCAUCAGUCAUGUAAUAAAAUGGUUGAGAACUCAAAUCCUGUCAGAUACAUGCCAGUUUCAGAGAUUGCAAAAGAACUUUGUGAUAAGAGAAAGUUCCCAGUCAAAGUUGGAGUUCAAAACCAUGGAGAGAUGGCAGGUACGCAUCCGGUGUUGCUAUUCGUGAGGCAGGCAAAGGUUGGUAACGGGAGGCCAAUGAAACAAUUGGUUGGAUUCCACAGUGUUAAUCUGAAUGCAGGGGAACGUGUUGAAGUUGAAUUCGAGUUGAGCCCUUGUGAGCAUCUUAGCAGAGCCAAUGAAGAUGGUUUGAUGGUGAUAGAGGAAGGGCCUCAUUUCUUGAGCAUUGGAGACAAAGAAUCAGAGAUUACAGUUUUUAUAUGAUACAAAAGACCAGCUCUCCAAAUAACGGAAGUUUUACAGCUAGUGAACCAUGUUUCUCUAUCUAUAAUUCAGCUAUCCAAUAAAAAGCUGUCUUGUCUCCUUUGACAAUCGUUUUCACUUGCUAAUUGAAGCUUUAGCUGCA